AUGGCAAUUGAAAGUUGCUUGCUUAAUUGGGGAAAUAAGAGAGUCUUUACUGUAACUGUUGAUAAUGCCAGUUCAAAUGAUGUUGCAAUUUCCUAUUUGAAAAAGAAAAUCAAUGCUUGGGGGUUUAGCAUUUUAAAUUGCAAAUAUCUUCAUAUGAGAUGCAUUGCCCACAUAACCAAUUUAGUUGUUGUUGAUGGAAUGAAGGAUGGUCUUACUCCAAUUAAAAAGGUUAGAGAUGCAGUUAGGUAUAUUAGGCAAUCUCCUGCGAGGUUGCAAAGGUUUAAGGCAUAUUGUGAGAUAGAAGGGAUUCAAAGUAAGAGUUCUUUAUGCUUAGAUGUGUCCACUAGGUGGAAUUCUACUUAUCUGAUGUUAAGUUCUGCACUGAAGUUUGAAAAUGCAUUUGACAGAUAUGCAACUAUAGAUCCAUACUUUAAAAUUGAUCUUCAAUCAUGUGAGGGUAAUGAGUGGAAAUCAAGUAAUAACUUGGAAUUGUCAUGUAUGGGAGAGAAGAUGAAGCUUAAAUUUGAUAAAUAUUGGGGGGAUCCUGAUAAGAUGAAUAAAAUUAUUUACAUUAUAGUGGUGGUUGACCCUCGAUAUAAGUUAGAAUUUAUGCAUUUUGCUCUUUCAACUGUGUAUGGAAAAGAAAAAGGUAUAGAAUUGGCAAAGAAGGUUAAAUUGUUUGUGUAUGAAUUAUUUGAUGACUACAAGAGAAUAUUUCAAUCUGAAAAUGCAAAUGAACACAUUGGAAAUGUAAGUAAGAGCAUCGAAGAUGGAACAAAAAAGAAACCUAAAAUGAGAUUGGGACAUCAAUUCAUGCAACAUAAAAUAAAGAUUGGUGAAGCGAAGAGCAAGUCUGACUUAGAUUCUUAUCUGAAUGAGGACAUUUUAGUUUUGGAUGGGAAAGAAGAUUUUGACAUAUUAAAAUGGUGA